ACCUUGUAAGGCGGAAAGUUUAGAGAACUGUAGGGGGGAAAGUUUUCCUCCAACCAAACACCUCCUUUGAGUGAUAUUACUAAUGAUAUUGGAGAAGAGAGAAGGUUUGGAAAAAAAAAAUAGUCUGAAAUAUGAUGGCUGUUAAAAAUAUUUAGACCAAGGGUAACCAAAUCAUGAAAACCAUCAUACCUUACUGCUUAAAAAGGAAGGGAAGGUAGAGAGAGAUGGAAAAUGAGAGGGCAGUGGUGGUUUGUGAGAGAGAAUCAGAUUGUUUCCACUUUCAACAUUGCUGACUGGUGCCAAUGUGCUUUCUUCAGUGGCACUUGGUUAAAAAUGAAAGAGGAGGUAGUGGGAAAAGGCGAAGGUCGUGCUGUCAUUAAUGCUGCAGAAAAUGGUGCACCAUUCCCACUUAAAAAAAGAGAUCAGCUACUUGAUUAUAUAUUAACUUUGAUGGGCCAUGAUGAGAAUGAUGGUUUGGCUGAUUCCAGUCUUGAACUACUGCACACUCAAGCUCUUGCUUUAACUGCCUGCACUACAUUGGUUUCUGUCGAGCCAAAGCUGACCAUUGAAACGCGGAAUCAUGUUCUGAAGGCUACCCUGGGUUUCUUUGCUUUGCCAAAUGAUCCAGCUGCUGUAGUCAACCCUCUUAUAGAUAACCUCAUCACUCUCCUAUGUGCUAUUCUUCUUACGAGUGGAGAGGACGGAAGAAGCCGAGCUGAGCAGCUGUUGCAUAUCAUGAGACAAGUUGAUCAAUAUAUGUCUUCACCGGUGGAAUAUCAAAGGAGAAGAGGCUGUCUUGCAGUGUAUGAGAUGCUUCUCAAGUUUCGAAUGCUUUGUGUCAGUGGCUAUUGUGCAUUAGGUUGUCGUGGGAGUUGCACACAUAGCAAGCAAAUUGACCGUACUUUGCAUGGGAAUUUUUCCAAUUUACCAUCGGCAUAUGUAUUGCCAAGUCGUGAAGCUCUCUCUUUGGGAGAUAGAGUAAUAAUUUAUCUUCCACGCUGUGCUGACACUAAUGCCGAAGUCAGAAAAUUUUCUGCUCAGAUUCUUGAUCAACUGUUCAGCAUCUCUCUUUCACUUCCAAGGCCUGUAGGUUCUAGUAUUGGUGCAGAUAUAGAGUCGUUAUACAGUGCCUUGUCCUCCCUUGAAGAUGUAAUAGCCAUCUUGAGAAGUGAUGCGUCAAUUGAUCCAUCUGAGGUUUUUAACAGAAUUGUUUCCUCAGUAUGUAUUCUUUUGACAAAAGAUGAGCUUGUAGCUACACUUCAUGGUUGCACGGCAGCAAUUUGUGAUCGAAUCAAGCAGUCAGCUGAAGGAGCCAUCCAAGCUGUCAUUGAAUUUGUUACAAAGAGAGGGACUGAGCUGAUUGAAAUGGAUGUUUCAAGGACCACUCAAUCUUUGCUCUCAGCUGCAGUUCAUGUUACCGAGAAGCAAUUGCGAUUAGAAGUUCUUGGAGCUAUAUCAUGUCUAGCUGAAAAUACGAACCCAAAAAUUGUUUUUAAUGAAGUAUUAAUAACUGCUGGAAGGGAUAUUGUCACAAAGGAUAUAUCUAGAUUACGUGGUGGCUGGUCAAUGCAGGAUGCAUUCCAUGCCUUUUCCCAACACAUGGUGCUUUCAGUUUUGUUCCUAGAGCAUCUCAUUGCUGUCCUUAAUCAGACUCCUCUUGUUAAAAGUGACUUGGAGAAGGGAGAAAACUCUGGUCUUCUUUCUGAAACUCCAAUAGAGAAGGACAUUCUGCAAGCUGCAAUUUUUGCUCUCACUGCCUUUUUCAGAGGUGGCGGUAAAGUCGGAAAGAAAGCUGUCGAACAGAGCUACUCCUCUGUUCUUGGUGCACUUAUUCUGCAAUUUGGAAGUUGCCAUGUUCUAGCUAGUUCUGGUCAGCAUGAACCAUUACGUGCUCUUCUGACUGCAUUUCAUGCCUUCUGUGAAUGUGUUGGUGACUUUGAAAUGGGAAAGAUUUUGGCUAGAGAUGGUGAGCAAAAUGAAAAGGAGAAGUGGAUUUAUCUUAUUGGAGAUAUAGCUGGCUGCAUUUCUAUAAAGAGACCAAAAGAGGUUCAGAACAUAUGUCUGAUUUUCACUAAAUCAUUAGACCGUCAACAAAAGUUUCAGAGGGAAGCUGCAGCCGCUGCAUUGUCAGAGUUUGUCCAUUAUAGUAGUGGGUUUAGCUCCCUAUUGGAAGAGAUGGUGGAAGUGUUGUGCCGACAUGUCUCAGAUGAAUCUCCAACGGUUAGAAGCCUUUGUCUUAGAGGAUUAGUAAAGAUAUCAUCUGUUCAUAUCUAUCAGUACACAACUCAAGUUCUGGGUGUGAUAUUAGCGUUGCUUGAUGAUACGGAUGAAUCAGUGCAAUUAACUGCAGUUUCAUGCUUAUUGAUGAUUCUUGAGUCAUCACCCAAUGAUGCUGUUGAACCUAUUCUGCUUAAUUUGUCUGUCCGACUUCGCAAUCUUCAGAUAUCCAUGAAUGCAAAGAUGCGGGCUGAUGCUUUUGCAGCAUUUGGAGCACUAAGCAACUUUGGAGGUGGCGCUCUGAGGGAGGCAUUUCUGGAGCAGAUACAUGCUACACUCUCACGAUUGAUCCUACACCUUUAUGAUGAUGACACUGGUGUUCGUCACGCUUGCAGGAGUACUUUCAAACGGGUUUUUCCCUUAUUCGAAAUUCAAGGAUUACCUGCCUUGUUCAGCUCACACUGUAUCAACUCUGACCAUCGAAGUGACUAUGAGGACUUUGUAAGAGAUCUCACAAGACACUUGCUGCAACAUCUUCCUUCUAGAGUUGAUACGUACAUGGCAGCAACCAUACAGGCUUUCGAUGCUCCUUGGCCAAUAAUCCAAGCAAAUGCUAUCUACUUUUCUAGCAGCAUACUCUCUCUUUCAGAUGAUCAUCAUGUUUUGGGUCUUUACUAUACACAGGUGUUUGGAGUGUUGGUUAGCAAGAUGAGUCGAUCAGCAGAGGCAGUUGUCAGGGCAGCGUGCUCUUCCGCAUUGGGAUUGUUACUCAAAUCAACCAAUUCCCUUUUAUGGCGAGCAGCUCGACUUGAACGAUUGGAGUCGAGCAGCAGAAGGGGCUUUGACCCUGAAUCUGCAAAGAAGUAGCACUUCCAACGGAAAGGAACAUGGUUGUGCUGAUCAUAGUGCUAUGACCCUUGGCCAGUUCUUAGAUGUAAACUCGCAGAAUAGGCCUACCGCCUACACGGAAGGGUCAAGUUUUACAAGUUUGUAAUGAAAUGUAUUUGCGAAAUCACCGUGGUGAUUUCUGUUCCCCAAGGUGUGAAAGGUAAUGAAUUCGCGUUCUUGAAAGCAAUUUGGAUUCCGAAAAACUGCAAUGACCUUGAGCAUGUCCAAUUUUCAAGGUGAGUGUGUCUGCACACAUUUUGUAUUUUUGUAAAAUUUGUAAUAAAAUCAUUGUAAAAAUGAACAUUAUAACCAUAAAGAUCGAUGAUGCAGUCUGUAGUCUCCGCAUAAAAUGAAGGUUAUUAUUAUUUGGCCCACAAAUUGAAGUGUUC